AUGGCUUCAGAACGUCGCCUCAGGCGACUCUCUCAGAGCAGAUCAAAACCUCCUGGCACUGUCAAACGAUCAACGAGCCUCCGCCGAGCUUACAACUACUUAUUUCACCCACAAGCGCCUUCGGAAGGCUCGUCUUCUCAGAAGAAACCAUCAACGCCACCGAAGCCACCACCAACUCCCACUGUCGACAGCCUCCAAAAGGAUCUACAGCAAUGUCGCAAGGAACUAGAGGAAGCCCGGGAAUUGCUCGUCAAUCAAGACCAAGAGUUGUCUCGGCUCGACGAGCAACGAAAGGCCCGUGAAGAAGAAUACAACGUAAAAGAAGCAUCCUUGAAACAGAAGAAGGCUAAGCUGGAAGAGAGCAUGGUCACUGUCGUCGUACAACAAAUCAGAGAAGCAAAGGAAGCUGAACGAGAGGCCGUGGUACAAGAGCUUGCACAAACACAUCAAGCCGCAGUUGAAGCCGUUCAUCACAAAUUCGAAAAACGGGUUGCUAUUCUGACCCAAGAACUUCAUGACUCUCGCGCAGCAAAUGACCUUCUCAAAGCCAACCACGAGACUGAAGUCUCUUCCCUGCGUGCCGAGCUCGCCUCACAGAGCAGCGAUCUCGACACUGCAAAGACCGCAAUUGUCGAAACUACUCAGACCUUGAAUCAGGUUCAACAGGUCUCAAGAGAGGCCCUAGAACACUCAGAACAAACCACUGCAUCUCUGAAAGCCCAGCUAGAGGCUCAAAUCGAAUCUCUAACAAAGGAAAUCGCCGCAGCAACAUCUAGUCUGCAAUCAGCGGACCUCAAGGUCGCGGAUCAUGUGCAACAGUACAAUGAUCUUCAAUCCUCCUCGGCCAAGUCUCUCGAAGAUGCCAAUCAGACUUUAACCGAUGUGAGGACCGAGCUGCAAACUCAAAUCGACGCACAAAAAUCCGAACUGCUGAAAGUCAGCGAGUCUCUACACGCGGCUACUGCUAAGGAGGAGGCAGAGCUGUCUGCCCGAAGUGUGCUGGAAAAUGACCUCGCCACCGCUCAAUCUGAGCUUGCUGAAAUGACAACUACCCUGGAAGAAUACAAAGGAAUCAAAGAUGAUUUCUCAGAACAGGAGACCAAGAUUUCACAACUCAAUGCGGAACUUGAAAGCUAUGUCGCAUUGAAACCUGCAUUGGAAGCGUCAGAGACAAAGGUUGCCGAACUUGCUCUGAAGGUGGAGGGUCUUGAAAGUCUUCAGAAAGACUUGGAAACCUCGCAAACUCAAGUCGCGGAACUCACUCAACAAUUAGCGUCUGUCGAUGGUGUCAAAGAGACGCUAGCCACGGCCGAGACCAAGGUCACCGAGCUUGAACAGGCCUUGAAGGAGACAGCACAUCGGGCGGGAGCUGCAGAAGAAAAGAUCACGGCCUUGGAGGCAGAAACCGUCCAGCUGUCGGCAACACUUGCUGCUCUAGAGACCACUCAUCAGACUCUGCAAAAGUCGUUUGACGAGGCCGCUGAGAAAUCCAAACUGGGAGAAGAAGAGACUACUCAAUUCAAGGCAGCCAUCGAGUCGCUUGAGCAAGGGAAACUGUCAGCCGAGCAAAGGAUAGCCGAACUCGAAGAGACGAAUUCGGGUUUUGUUACCCGCGUCGCCGAUUUUGAGGAUUCAACUCAGGCAUUGGAAUCGAGGACAAAGUCAUUGGAAGAAGAGAAGCUAAAACUCACUGCAGAGCUCGACGCGAGUACCGCGAACAAGGAGCUUGUUGACGCCGAACUUUUCGAGUUGAAGUCGGAGAAGGCAAAGCUCGAAGCUACCGUGGCUGCCAGUGCGGUUGAGGUCACUUCGUUGCAACAAGAGUUGGAGACGAUGAAAGCAUCGCGGGGUGAAGAUACCGCACGUACCGGAGAACUCGAAUCUGCCAAUGCUAAAUUGAGUGAGGAAGUGGAAACCCUGAAGACAGAAGUUAGCACGUUGAGCGAGAGUCAUGGUGCUAUGACCUCGGCAAAGGAGACUGCUGAACAACGAGCUUCGGAGGUUGAGGCCGGAACAGCCGCAUUACGGCAAGAGAUCGAAGAGCUGAAAGCCUCGAUUCUCGCAUCAGGAGAGGAGACUUCCUCAUUGAAGGAUGCAAACGCAAAGCUUGUUGACGACCUCGAUACUGCGACAAAAGCAAGCGCUUCGACUUCUGAACAACUGAAAGCUAUCCAAGAUCAGCUGUCAGCCCAGGAUGAUCUGACAAAGGAGCUAGCUGAUGCAAAGAAUGCUCAAGCAGAAGCCGUUGCAGCAUUGGCUAGUUUGCAAGAUACCAGCAAAGAAAGCCAGCAAGUCUCGGAAACAAAACUCGAGGAAGCACUCAAGGCUCAAGAAGCAGCCGAAGCGGCGCUGACGGCGCUGCAGACUGAAUCAAAGUCAGCUGCAUCUGACCUCGAGAGUAAGCUUGCAGAAGCGGUGGCAGGGCACCAAGCUGUGGAAGCACAACUUACCAAAUCCCAAGAAGAUGCCAAGGCUGCCACAAUUGGAUUCGAAGAGAAGCUUGCUGCCCUAGACCUGGAACACAAAUCUGCUGUCGCUGGUCUGGAAGAGAAGCUCUCUCUUGCAGAGACCUCACAGAAAGAAGCUGCUGAGGCUCUUGAGAAGGCUCAACUGGAAUUGGAAUCUUCUGCUGAGAUCAAAACCAAGUUAGACGCCGCUCUUGAUGACAAAGCCAAAAGCGACGAGGCUCUGCAAGCAAGCCAAAGUGAACUCGAGCGAAUCCUCGCCGCCAAAGGAGAGCUGGAAUCGAAGUUGCAAGCUGAAGACGAUGCCAAAGCCAGUCUUGCUGCAAUCGAGGGGAAGCUCACCGCAGCAGAAAGUGAUAAAGAAGCUGCCGAGACGCGUCUGAAAGAGAUUGAGACGAAACUGCAGACCUCACAAUCUGAUGUUGAGACUUCUCAUGUGCGGCUGAAGGUGCUGGAGAUUGAGGUUUCUGAGCUCAAGGGCAACAAAGACGCCCUAACCAAGGCCGCCAAAGAUCUCGAGGCCAAAGAACAAGAGAUCCAAGGACUGAACGCAAGCAUCCAGACCUCAGCACAGAAGGUCGAGACUUUGGAGAGUGAGAUCGGAUCCCUCCGAGAAGCCACAACAGCGGCGGCGGACAAAGCAAAGUCUGAUGUUGAGACCAAAGAGGCCGAACUACAGGCCGCGACUGCGGAAACGGCAAGUCUCCGAGCGGAAAUCGAAGCCCUCAAAAGAGCUGUUGCUGCAUUGACGGAGCGCAAUAAGGAAAACGCCGGUGAUCCCAUGUCUCCUAAGUCGGAUGCAUCUGCUUCAGAUGACCGACUAGGCGCCGAAGAGGAUAUUCUGUCGAACGUCGCCGUCGUCAGUUCCAACAAGAACAAAGGGCAGAAAGCGGAUGCGCCUACUGACGUGAUUGGUGAAGACAAGGCUACCACAGAAGUCAAGACGGACGAGGUUGUGGAUGAUGCGACGACGGCAUAAUAGAAGUGGCUGUACAGAAUGAUGGCUAUGAUUUCUUGCGCAUUCCACCACCUGGGUAAAUUGCUUUUCACAUUCGUUUAUGACCCCUGUGCGAUGAGUUUCCUAGCGGAGCCCAUCCGUUUUGGGGAUGUGUCACGGUAUUUACAGAAUGCAUAUACGUAAUUCAACAUA